AUGCAGUGUGCAGUGUAUGGGCACUUGAAGGCGGCGUCAGACUGCACUGCAUACGCGCCGUGGCGGAGAGCGAAGAUGGCGGAGAAUAAUGUAGAACCGGAGCACGAAUGGAGCGACCGGGCCCUGGAUACGGCCGAGGACACUCUGGUUGCAAUGGAAACCCUGCUGGCCACACUGAGAGCCUUUGAAGACGUGCUCAGGCAACAAGAAAUAUCCACAGCGUCUUCCACGGAGUACUGCGACAACUUCUGUCAGGCACUGAUGCACUAUGCUGGGAGCAGGAACUCCAUGGAGCAUGGUCUGCCUCUUCUGGAGGUCUACUGUCUGUCAAUAAACUGUUUUGCUGCGGCCCGAUCCCACCUCACUGCAGAGUCCGACAGAGUGGCCCUCGUUUUGAAGAGACUAGCUUUGAGCUGUUUUGAACUGUUGCUGUCAGUGCCUGAAAAUGAAAUCCCAUAUGAAGCCUGGGUUCAAUUCCACCACUCUGUUCAGAUUGCCCAUGAUACCUUGUUACAGUAUGGAAGCACAGACCUCCAAGCUUUACUCCAGAUCACAGGAGAGGGAGGAGCGUGGAGCAACCCUGUCCUUUCAUCGCUCCUCACCGGCCAGCCCACCAACACAGAAGAAGUUGAUGCGUACAUCAGCUUGGAGGGCGAGGGCUUCAUGGAGAUGCGGGUGAAGCACCUGGAGAAGAUGGGAGAAGUGGCCAAGGCAGUGGUGCUGGCCAAAGCUUGCACUGAAUGCAGCUUCAUCUCCAACCAAGCUACCUUUCGUCAGACUUAUGUCUCCCUGCUCUGUCACCUGCUGCCCAAUGAAGAGGCCAUCAUGGAGAUAUCCAGACUGGACUGUAAGGACGUGCUGGAGAUCACAUGUAACCUGGAGACCGAGGGGGAGGAGAACACCGCCUUCAUCUUGUGCACAACUUUCCUGACACAGCAGCUUCAGCAGCAAAACCUUUACUGCUCCUGGGAGUUGGUUCUGUUAUGGAGUAAGCUUCAGAGGAGGAUCGACCCCUCGUUGAUGUCUCUUCUAGAACGAUGCCUUCAGCUCGGUGCCAUUGCUAAAACGGUCCACCAUCUGCUUUGUCUGGUCCGUGUCAUUCAGACAGAGACGGAGGAGAUGGGGGUUCCUGCCUCAGUAGAACUCUGUGUCAAAGCACUUCAACUUCCAAAGCAGGAGGACUCAGAAGCCAGGAUCUCUGUCUGUAAGACAGUGUCCUGCCUUCUUCCAGGGGACCUGGAAGUGUUGCGUGCCUGCCUGCUCACAGAGUUCCUGCUGGGCCCCAGCCAGGAGGCCUUUAGGUCCCUUGAGGAGCUUUACUUGCGCCCAGACCAAAAGUAUGACCAGGAAAACGAGGUUAUUCCAAACUCGCUACGCUGCGAGUUGCUACUAGCUCAGAAAGCAUUAUGGCCUUUUGACCCUGAAUUCUGGGACUGGAAAACUCUUAAGUAUCACUGUGUCUCUCUUCUGGGGUUGAUGCCGGAGUCAGAGGGGGAAGAGGAGGAGGAGGAGGCGGUGGACAAACAAGAGAACACUAAACAACAGGAGCGACAGGAAAUCACCGUGAAAGUAGAAUCUGAGCACCAAAUGAGUAUAAAUGGAAGUCUCAAUGAUCCUGAGCAGCAUGAUAAAAACUCUUCUAACGUACCAGAAGUCAAAGAAGAAUCCGAGACAAAGAAACAAAAGUUCUGCUGUAAGAUUUGUAAGAGGCUGGUCAAUGACACCCAAAUCAUUCCCCACUCCAAAAGACAUGGAGCAGAGAACAGCCACCCCUGCCCUUUGUGCUUGGAAAAGUUUAAGAGUAGGAAAGAACUGGUUCCUCACCUGAAAGAACACCUGCAGAGCGAAACGCAUCUCAACACAAACAACGUAAAGACGGAGGACGGGGAGAAAGAGCCAGAGGAGGACGACGACAUUGAACCCGGCGAGAUCACCGUCGACCCUUCCUUAAUGCUGUAUUACGAAUCCACACACGACCCAGAUGUGCUGCACCACAUCGUGCAGCAAGCCAAAACUGUCAAGGAGAAGAACGUGGACGACGACGAGCAUGUAACAUUCGAAUACAUCGACCAACACUUCAGUGUGCAGAACCGGGACGAGUACCCGUGUCCAGGAACCGGGUGCACUCGGGUUUUUAAACAUUCCAAGUACUUAUAUGUCCACUUAAAGUCGGAGCACAAGGGUGACGACAAUGUGAAACAUUUUCAUCAGAUGAGAGACAAGCGGGAGAAGUGUGUUUUCUGCAGGCGCCACUUUGUCUCCGCACACCAUCACCGCAAACACAGAAGAGUUCACUACGGUGAUCGGCCUUACAUGUGCGUGGUUAUCGGCUGUGGCGCUCAGUUCACCACGUCCAAUGAACUCGUCACGCACAAACAGACCCACGGCUAUCACCUGAACUACCAGUGUGAGCUCAAAGGCUGUUACGUCACGUACUCCGACUUGGGGCAAAUUUAUCACCACGAAGCACAGCAUUUCAGAGACGCAGCGUUUACCUGCUCAAGUGCUGAAUGUAGUAAAUAUUAUUUAUCCAAAAAAGAAUUCAUACAGCAUUUAUCCACACACAACAUCACCUUCUCUGAAGAAGACUUUGAGGCUCAAAGGAGAGCAAAGCGGAAACUUCUUAAGAGGGCUACUGAAGGGGCGGUCCUCCCUGGUAAGCCAGCUGAUUCAGAAGAAACUGUAAAUGGAGAUAUCUUAAACUCUUCCACAGUAAGUUGUGCCUCCUCUUUGCCAGAAUCUGACAGCAAGGAGCCCAAAGCAACAAUGACUUUGGUAGCCGUGUGCUUUGACGGAAGUAAGUUCACCUGUGGCUUUGAGAAGUGUGGCAUGACUUUCUCCAGAGCCAGAGAUGUCCAGAGGCAUCUGAAAUGUGCCCACCCAGAACACCUUAAACUGGAGAACAAAGCACACAAACACGACAAAGACCGUAGCUCAAAGUCCAAAGGGAUAAAGACAGAGCCUGGGCCAGACGGGGAGGUAAAGGGAAACGAUGACCUCUCCAACCCAUUUCAACCACUCGAAGCUGGCAAAGAAAGAAAAGAAGCCACUCAUCCUAAAAACAACGAAUCUCCUCGAAGCUCUUCAAGCCUUCGAGUAAAAAAUGAUGCUCUGAGUGAAAUACUUAUUGGGCUAAGUAAACUGGACUUGAAUUCUUCAUCGCCUCACAGUGUGCCAAACGAGCCCCCUCAGUCCAACCAAGAGUCUAAUGCAUCUCAAAUAUCUCUUCAUGAGGCGAUUAUGGCGAAGCCUCCUGUUGUGAUGCUUCAGAAGAGACCAGAGGAAAACUGUAAAACUGAACCAUUAUCAUCAGCAGAUGAAGAAAGUGCUAUUGAAUCAUUAGCUAAUGCAAAGCCAUACGUCUGUGAGGUGAAAAGUUGUGGCUUUAGGACUGCUCAGAGUUACAGCUUGCUGCGACACUAUAACACCAAACAUGGCCGAACUGUUGAACAAGCCAAAAGGUUGACCUCUCUGAAAACAACAUCUUUUAAGCCUUACACGUGCCAGCUUUGCUCCAAGAGUCACAGAGAAAAACAUGUGUUGAAGGCCCACUAUGUCCAGGUGCACCACCUGAGUCAGACUUUGGUGGACAAAAUAAGCUGCGGAUCAAAACGGUUUGAGGGAAACGACGACACUUCAAAGCACACGACUCAGCACUUGAUAAACCAAGGUCUAAAAGCGAGGAAGAAAGAGAUCCCAAAGUUGAAAAGCCAACAGGAGAAAAAGAACUCAACUGUGGUAAGCGAAAAUGGACAAAACUUUGACAAUCAUUCUCCAUCUGAAGAGGAAGGAGAGGAUGAAGCAGAGGGCAGGGAGGAAGACAACGAGGAGAAGGGAGAAAGUGAGGGGAAGACCACACAACAGGUCAGAUCUACCAGACGUUUAGUAGCCAAAGGUAAUCUCUGCUAUAUCUUGGAUAAAUUCAGUAAGCCCUUUCAUUGUGUAGCAAAAAAUUGUGAUGCCGCUUUUUCCACCCAGGGAGGCCUCGUACGCCACCUUCAGUUGGUACAUCAUUACAACCGCUCUCAGCUCUUGCUGGAAAAAGAUAUCGAUGCACUUCAUAGUCCAGAAGUCCGAAAAGAGCCCACCAAGAAAAGGCCUCUCCCGAACUCGGAUGAGCCGCAGCCACAAUACAAGUGUCAGUUCGCCAACUGCCACGCUUCCUACCACCUGAAGAGCAGCUUAGUGCGGCACACUCGUGACGCCCACUCACAACCACCAGAGCUAAAAAGAUGCAAGUUUGAAGGCUGUACAAGAGUGUUCAGCCACGUGGAAGCACUUAAAAAACACACACUUUAUAGCCACUGUGAGUACUACGACUCACUGGUGGUACGUCUGCAGAGCACUCACAAAAAGUCGAUUACUGGAUGCCAAAAGAAGCUCAUCGUCGCGCCGCAGAGUCCUCAGAAGGAAGAAGCUGCAACAACCACGGACGCACAGGACGAGGGGUCGAGCCCCGAGCCUGGGGUUACCGGCCAGCCGGAGGAAAAAGCUCAGGAGGUUGUCGUGGAGAAGAAAGUGCAAAGAAAAAGAGACAGAAGGAAUUGUUUCAGCCGUUUCAUCUUCAGAUCUUAUGAAGAAGCACUGCAGAUGUGCCAAGACCGCUGUCUGCGCGUGGCCUACCCGUGCAUGGUGCAGGACUGUGAUUCUGUCGUCACGUACAUGAUGAGCUUGCAUCGCCACUACCGCAGGGUUCACCACAUGCGUCAGAUAGAUCUUCUCAAGAACGAAAGUAAGCUGGUUUUAAACGCUGAGCAGCUGGAGGAGGUGAUCCAGAGGAAGUCGGCCACGCCAACAGUUUCAGGAGCAUGCUCCCCCAACGGGGUCCGAAAAAUGGAGUAUCAGGCCGAGCCGGAAAACACAGGAGGACCGCCUGCACCCAUGAGCUUACACUCCAUCAAGACAGAAACACAGGAGGAGGAUAAACAUGAUCCACUGGUGUUCCCAGAGGAGGAAGAGGAGCAGCCGUCGCCACCCGUCGAGAGAAACGGCGUCCUGGUCGGUGCAGACGAGGUGCUUUACGGUGAGCCGAGCACCGGCGGGCACACGGAAGACUCGCCUGCAGCGACGCAGAACAGUCAGAAACAGGAGGAGAGACUGAGCUUGGAUCAAAUCAAACCUCUCCUUCGUCCCCUCACCGUCGACCUCUCACCGCCAUGCUCGCUGCGCAUCACUGCCGACGAAGGCUUCCAAGACGUGUCGGGCAUCAAGGACGCUGGUAAAAUGUUGAACGGGUCAGCCGCUCCGCCCACCCCCCCGGUCCGCCAGCCACUAAAACGGAAAAACGAACUGUCUGAACCGCCUUCAAACUUGAACGAGACUCCGCCCCGUAGCCCUUCUCCACGCCCUUUUGACAUCAACGCCUAUAAGCCAAUGGGGUUCGAGUCGUCCUUUCUGAGGUUCAUACAAGAGACGACCCCGAAAGACAAAAAUGCAGCACAGGUGAAGCGGCGAGACGCCUUCAGACACAGUUGUUCGGUUAAGGAGAACAACCAGCUGGGAAUCUCGCACGCCCGCGGCAAACGCACUUAUUCCCCACUGCUGAAGCCCAAUGCUAUGACUGGAGACUUUACAUCAGUCCAAAACUUGAAGUCCAUCUUGGACAAAGCCCUGGCUGGGUGUGGGGACCUGGCCAUUAAGCAGCUUCAGUACCUCAGACCCGUAGUGGUCCUGGGGAGACCAGUGUGCACCACCGCCCUGCCUGACCUCUUCCCAUCAGACACCACCAACAGCAAACUGCUUCUGGGAAGUUAGUUUAUCAAAGCACCUUUUUAACAUAGCUAAGGCAAAUUACUUUGUAUUUUCACAAGCUGUAACAGUAUUUUUCUUUCACCCCAAAUAUUAGUAUUGUUUUUUUCCUUUUUGUUUCUUUAUUUCGAAGUUGCCAAACUGAUGAAUUGUAGAAAUGAAAAUAGCAUUAAGAUAAAAAACAAGCUUGAACAGUGCACAUCAGAGUCAUGUGGAUUGUUUUUUUAGACAUCUGUUAUGAAAGCAUUCAGAUUAACACCUAUUAAGUUAACUCACGGUCAUGAGUGUAUAUACUGUAGUUCUCCGAGAUAAAUGUACAGAUUUUCAGAUCGUUAGGAAUGGUCAGUAGCGUAUUGCAAGGCCUUCUCAGUUGUGUGAAAAUGUGACUGAAAAAAAACAACAGCAUUUCCUCACUGCAAAGCUCUUGAGGAAUAUGUUUGGUUAUUUUUCACCUCAGUUUAUAAUAAAUCAAUGUUGGGGUGCAGUGGACAGAUGUGGCAGACAUGUAUGUAACACUUUCUAAAAAAUAAAUGUGGAAACAACUAUAAAGCUCUUUACUUUCUGAAUUGUGUAAGUGACUUCUUUUUCAUAUACAAAGUCACAGAGAAAUGGCAGCUGUUUUUAAAUUGAAAAUACACCUACUUCAGUAGAAUAAAUGUGUUAUAUCUACGUAAUUCCACUGCCUAGACUAUAAUAUUUAUUUAUGGUACACAAUGAGGUACUUAUUUUUAAUUUUAAAAAAUGGAAUUGAUGAAGUAUAUAAAAAAAGUUUUGUUUUGUUUUGUGUCAUUAUCAAGUAAUGAUCAUUACUAUUAGUAUUGCUGAUUUGUACAGAUGACUUAUAAAAUUAGUCAUGAACAAGUUUAAAUGCAAUCUCAGGUUGCAGGGUGUUAAUUAAAUCCUAAAAGUAGCCAUGUCACCCCUGGGGAUAUGUUUAAUUUUGUAGACAUGACUAGUCAAGUUUAUUUUUAGAGCAUAUCUGAAAUCAGCAAAUGUGGGCCGAAGUGCUUCACAAAGAGAUUAAAUAAAACAUCAAUGAUCAAAUAAAAAUGUCUAUAAGUAAAUAAAGAAAGCAAAGAAUAUUUUGAUAAACAGCAUUGCUCGAACAAAAGUAAAUGCAAACAAAACCAGAGUGUGGUCAGGCAACUAAAAGAAUAUGAACUGAGUGAGGUUGAUUUAGGUUUUUCAAAACCUUUAUCUUAUCUGAUAUUAUGUAUU